AUGAAGGACUUGAUUCGAGACACCAUCUUCAGCCAUAUCCUUCGUCUUCUGACAGGCGGCAAGGUCUUCAAAUAUCCCGAAGAAGAAGAUCCAUCGCUAUGGAAGAAAUACGUCCACGCCGAAAAGUCGGCCAACAUGGCCAGACAUGGUCAAACAGAAGCUCCUGAGGACGAUGGCGAACGACAGAGCAGGAGAUCACAGACUAGGUCUUCUUCCUCCGACACGGCUGUGUCUUCAGGCGAAGGGAGGACAGUGAAUGAGCCAAUUGGGAGGAUCGUUGAUAAGGAAAAAGGAAAGGAUGUCCAUGUCGUGGAUUGGUAUGGCCCCGAUGACCCAGAGGUACAGAACCCCAGGAACUGGUCACGCAUCAAGAGAUUCUUCGUUACCUUCGAGAUCUGCCUCCUCACCUUCUCCGUCUACAUCGGCUCCGCCAUCUACACAGCCGGCAUCCAAGAUGUGAUGCAAGUCUUUGGUGUCUCUCAAGUUGCUGCCACUCUUGGCCUCACUCUCUUCGUCGCUGGAUAUGGUCUCGGUCCUAUGGUCUGGUCUCCACUCUCUGAGAUCCCCCAGAUCGGCCGAAACCCCGUAUACAUCAUCACUCUGGCAUUGUUCGUCGUUCUCCAAGUCCCCACUGCCCUAGCAACCAACUUUGGUAUGCUUCUUGCCUUCCGAUUCAUUACUGGCUUUAUCGGAUCACCGUCGCUUGCAACGGGUGGAGCAUCCAUUGGUGACAUGUACAGCCCAGCCAAGAGAACCUACGGCAUUGCUGUCUGGGGUGUCGGAGCUAUCUGUGGCCCUACCCUCGGCCCUCUCGUCGGAGGUUUCGCAGCCGAAAAGAAAGGAUGGACCUGGACUAUCUGGGAACUGAUGUGGUUAUCUGGCUUCUCUCUUGUUCUCUUCUUUUUCUUCCUCCCCGAGACAUCCUCUGCAAACAUCCUGUACCGCCGAAGUCGUCGCCUGCGAAAGCUCACCGGCAACGACAAGCUUGUGUGUGAGGCUGAGUUGGCCACGCAAGACAUGUCCAUGAAGGACGUUGCACUGAUGACUUUGGUACGGCCAUUCCAGUUGAGUUUGGGUGAGCCGAUUGUGUUUGUGCUCAACCUCUACAUUGCUCUCAUCUACGGUCUACUGUACAUCUGGUUUGAGUCGUUCCCUAUUGUCUUUGGCGAGACUUAUGGCUUCUCUCUGGGUAUCCAAGGCCUUGCUUAUCUAGGUAUUUUGAUUGCUGUGUUUAUUGUCUUGCCGCCGUUUGUGUGGUAUCAGCACAAGUACAUUGAGCCAAAGUUCAACGAGAAUGGAGAACUCAAGCCUGAGUGGAGAUUGCCACCAUCUUUUGUUGGUGCUUUUGCAAUUCCUAUCUGCCUUUUCUGGUUUGGGUGGUCUUCACGUGCUAGCAUUCACUGGAUUGUUCCCAUCAUUGGCACGGGUUGGUUCUCCAUUGGAGCAUUCUUGUUGUUCAACUCUGUCUUGAACUACCUCAGCGACGCUUAUCCCGAAUAUGCCGCUUCGGUUCUUGCUGGCAACGACUUCUUCAGAAGUGCAUUUGGUGCUGGAUUUCCACUAUUCGCAUCGGCCAUGUACAAGAACCUCGGCGUUGGCUGGGCCAGUUCUACGUUGGCCUUCAUUUCCAUUGCUUUUAUUCCUAUUCCUUUCUUACUGUUCAAGUACGGUGAGUGGAUCAGGCACAAGAGUAAGUAUGCUCGUCAUGAUCUGUAA